CAAGGCUGACAGGGUGCCCAGAAGGCCUGGGCUACAAACCAGAGGAGGAAAGGGGGGUGAAGGGCAUCAGAGGAGAGAGCCAAGAAGACUGAAGAGCAUUGCAGAGAAGCAGGUGCCAGGGAUCACAUGCAGGGGUGGAUGGGGAGGGGGUUGAUACCAAUUGAGCAGCCAGCCCCUGCCCUGCCUGCCCCCAGGCCUUGUGGCCUUCAGCCCGAGGAGCAGCCUGUUCCCAGCCUCCACUGCUUGGGGCUCAGAGUAGGGAAGAGCUGAGGGACCCAUGCUGCCCAUGGAUUGCCAGCUAGCUGGACCCCAGCCAGAGGAGGGGGAGGGAAACAUUGUCCUCCAGCCAAUGGCAAGAGAUCCUCCUCUCUCCUGCUCUCCCCUUCUUCCCCCCACCCCAAUGGCUCAGGGCUGCUGAAGCUUCUACACCCAUGAAGCUAGGAGCCACAGUCAGGAAAAAGGUGCUAAAGAUGAUUAGUGUGGCAUUCCUUGGCAAAGGAGCAGUGAGCCAAUUCUCCCUCCCCACCUCCUUUUCUUGCCUUUCCUCCUCCUUCCCCUCUCUCCUCCUUCCUCUGUCCUCCCCCUCUUCCCCCUCUUCCUUCUUCCCUCUACCCCCUUUGAUUUGCAGUCACAGGAUGCCUAAAGUAAAUGCAAAGGAAAGAGCCAAUGGCCAGAGCACUCUGUUGGGAAGGUAGGGGAGCGAGGGGUGAGAAGGCAGGAGCAAGAGAGGCCUGUGCAGGACAGGAGGCUCAGGUUGUUGUUUUGUAAGGGAGAUGGUGGUACCCUCAGUGCCCUGGAACUUUGACCCAUCUACGUCUCUCUUCGGGACCCAGAUGAGGAAGAGCUUCUUUUUUCCCCCCUUGAUUUCCUCUCCUCCCAGAAGCUUGGGGAAGAGGCCAGGCCUACAGAUGAGGAAACUGUAUGUAGCCCAGGGAAAUGAGAGCAGAGCCCCAUGGCUGAUCACUAGCACUUGUCCUGCUCCUUAGCAUGGGGGCUCUAUGCAGAUUAUUUAACCUCCUCUAUAAAAUGUCUGUAGCUAUCAGUCCACAAGUCACUGAACACCGUUGCCUCAGUUUGCUCCUCUGUAAAAUGGGCUGGAGAAGGAAAGGACAAACCACUGUAGCAUCUUUGCCAGAAACCCCCAAAGGGCAAAGAAUGGGACACAACUGCCACGACUGCACAGCCCCAAGGAGAAUUGGUUCCUAAACACUGAAGUGCCUACUGUGUGUGGGGCACUGGUUGGGGGGGGGGGGCACACAGACAGGCUGAAAGAGCCAUUCCAUGGGGCAGAUCCAAGCACCUCCAGGACUCUGGUAGCAGCACUUCAAUACGGAAAAGCAAAUCAAGGCACAUGGACCCAAGGUAGACAAGAGCAAUGGGGGAGGCAGGGCAGGUGCUCCUGGAGCUGCUUCAUUAAAGAAGCAGCGGGUCCUCGGUGCCCUGGUCAGGGAAAUUGCGGGUUGGAGGAGGGUCUCUGAGGCCCUGCUACUGUCCAGCUCAGUCCUGCGACUGGAGGCUGCGAGUGUGCGGGGAAGAGCGAGGGGAGCCGCCCGGAUCUCGGAGCUCUUUCUUGCCUCUAGUAUGGAGACUAGGUGGGGCGCGGAAGCCCUCGGCAUCUCCCUGGUGACAAUGGGCGCCGGGCUCGCGAGCCGCAGGGAGACACGCAGACGCGGACACACACGCGUACUCGCACAGGUACUCGCACACGCCCGCCGCAGGGCGAUCGAGUUGAGCGAGGAGGGAGCGAGCGCGGACCUGCAGGAGACGGACGUUGGCCCAGCGCGUCGGGAGCGGGUCUAAGCGGGGAGGAUGCUGAGGGGAGGAGCGCUCCUUUGCUUCUUGCUGCUGUUGCCGCCGCGGCUGCUGCCGCUCCACAGAAGCUCCCCCAGCGUUGCGCCUGUUGCUUCAGCUCCAGCCCGUCGGGCCUCCAGGCAGAGCCUCCAGCGGCGCCUCCAAGUUCUCCUUUUGCCCUCCCGUGGGUCCCACCGGGGCCCCGAUUUCCCCCCGAACCCUCGCCCAGGGCCCAAUUUGGGGUUCCCUUUAGGCCAGGACCCUGAGCCUGACCCUGUAGCGGCCUCAGAUUGUGGCUCCAAAUGGGACCUGGCUCUAGGCUCCAAGUCAGCUCCAGGCCCAGGUUGCCAGGGUGCCCUCUGCCCUCCCCUCCCUCCCCAGUUCAAACCCAGAUCAGGUCCCAGCUCUGUUCCUGGGAGGCCAGCAGAGGCUGCCUUGCUUCAUAUUCUCAGUGCAAGUUCCCUUCCCCUUUCCCAGAGGUCCUCUGGGGCCCUCCACCUCUCUUGGGGCCUCCAGCCCAGCGGGUCCAAGCUGACCUUCAGGCUGUACCAGCCCCAGGGCCAAGACCACCACCAGGUCUGGAAGGUGACCUGCAACCCUUAUCUUGGGGCUGGUGGUGGCCUCUUCUGUAGCCCUGGCCCUAGCCCUGACCUAGGAGCCCCUAAGUGGACACUGGCCCACCUCCUCUUGCCAGGCCGAGGCUGGGCCUGGGGCUCCCGCCAGGUCAUUGGGCCAGCCCUGGAGGGAGACCUGCACCUGGUCAACAGCACCCUAGGCAUCCGAGCCAGGGGCAGCACUCUGAGCCUGAAUCUCCGACAGGCCCAGACAGGCUCCCAUGGACAUGGCAUCUAUUACUCCAGGGCAGCCCCAGGCCAUGGCAGGGCUUGGCAGGCCCAGACCCAUCUCCUUUUCUAUCAGCAGCAAGGCCUGUCCUGGCUGUUUGCCUUGGAUCGCUGGGACCGUCUGAGUGUGCAUCUCUCUCUCAGCCCCAAAGGGGUGGCCUUCUUUGGGUGCAGGCCCCCCAGAGACCUGGAAGUCCACUUCUUCAGCAGCAGCCCCUUGAAGGCCAAUGGGCUCUUCUACCUGCUCUGGUUCAUCCCCUUACAGCAUCCUCUCCUGCGUCCCCAGUGGACUUUUCACCUCCAGCUCCCUGGGACCAGCCUUGGGCUCAACCGGACAUACACGUACCAGGAUCGAAUCCCCAGAGCCUCCCGCUUCAUCCAGCGCUCGGUCUUGCCAUUCCGCCCUGACGGCUAUGCAGGCUUCGUGGAGAAAGCCAACUGCGCCACCAGCAGCCUGGAGCCAGUCAUCUUAGAAGCCUCCUUGGACAAGUAUGGUUCCAAAGUGCUCAGGACCCCCGUAGCAUGUGUUCAGAGCCCCUGCUUCAUCAAACAGGUAGAAAUAAUACGUACAGAACUUACUGACAGAGGCCUGUUUGUAGAUCAUAACUUUAGUGCUAAUGCAGAGAUCAACUGUUCUGUCCCCUACAACAGCUCCCACAAGUGGGCUAUCUUUGGCACUGCUUUUAAAGGAGGUAUUGAGCAGAAAUACAGAAAACUAAUUCAUGCAGACUGGAUUAAAGCAGCCAAACACAGCUACUUUGUUGUUCCAAUGAAUGGCUUGAAACCGGACUCAUACAGUAUGAACUACACAUUGACCAUCACCACUUCUGAGAAGGUGAUAACAGCCUCUGCUUCUAUAAAGUUUAAGACUGAGAAACCAUCCCUGAUUGCCGUUAUUGAAGGAGGGCCUGCCCGCUCUGUCCCUUUCAAUAAGAGUUGGACUUUGGAUGGGUCACGCUCCCUCGACCCUGGGUUUUUGGGAUAUCCUUCAGGUCUGACGUACCGCUGGUACUGUACCACCAACUAUACCUACUUCAUAAUUGGGAACCUCCCUGCCUCAAGCCGAGAUAGCUGCCUUCCUGAGCUGCCAGAUCUGCAUUGGUUUAAUGCAAAGGAUCCUGUGGUCACCGUGUUACCAGGAACACUCCAGGGCAACCGGACUUAUUAUUUCAUCCUGGUGGUUUCAUUGUUUAGCAAUCGAGCAUAUGCAUAUCAGAAUGUCACUGUGGAGCCUGGCCCUCUACCGAAAAUGAAGUUCUCCUGUAUUGAAAAUUGUGAAAAGACCUUAGUUGUACCAGAUCGCCUUUCCUUGUCUGGCAAAUGCUCAGACUGUGGGGCCAGGCCUAUGAAGUAUUUGUGGUCAAUCAUGGACUCCACAAAGACAGAGAUUCCUUUUGACUGGACACACUGGAGCACUACUGGAAGAACCAGUACUUACCUGACAAUUAAAGCUUUUGCUUUUAAGGAUUUUCAAGACAAGAUGUGUUCUGUUAUUCUGCAUGCAUCAGGAUGGGGUGGGAACUUCUUAGUGGCUAACCAUUCCUUUUAUGUCAAUUCUCCACCUCGCAAUGGUUACUGUGACAUUCACCCCAACAAAGGCGUUGCCCUGUUCACCAAAUUUGUCGUCCGCUGUAGCGGCUUUAUAGAUGAGAACUUCCCUCUGCAUUUUAAAGUCAUAGCUUCGAAUUUCUGGGGUGUGGAUAAUAGCAGUACUGUAGUUGACAAUACUCUGGGGACUGUGAUGUACUUUGGGAUUGAAUCUGUGACUCCUCCUUCCUUUCUUCCUAUUGGGAUGCCAGUCAAUCACUACAUGGUGAGGGUAUAUGCUCAGGUCUACGAUUUUCUUGGGGCCUUCUCCCAAGUGACCCUGCAUGCCACUGUGACUUCUCCCCUGGGCAGAACCUCCCCAAAUAACAUGUUGAAUUACUUGUUAAGGCUCACCCAGAACACAACUGGUACGAUGAUGACCACUCUGUUUCAGAAAGGAGACUUUGUCCAAGCAGGUUAUCUUGCCUAUCUGGGGGUUUCCCUUUUAAAUGAUGUGAAACCUCCACCCAACUUACAAGCACAAUACUCUGAAAUCCAACAUCACCUCUUGAACGUUUGCCGCCACCUACCCACCACGACCUUGGAGGAGAUUAACCAAGUGACAGUAAUGAUUAUGGGACUCACCCAGAAAGGGUCUGGCUUGACUGCAGAGGGCCAGAAGGUGGCCACCAGCAGGCUAAUAGAAGUAAACUUGGCACUUCAAAGAUUGAAGGAAAAGGAAAAAGAAUUCCAUUCUGAACAAAUAGAAAUAGUGAGUACUGGCAUCUUGUCCUGUUUGUCUAAUAUCCUCAAAAGUAAGAUUAAUGCAGAUAUGAUUAAUGAAACUCUCCAUGUCAUAGAACUGCUAGCAAGUACAGUUUUAGCUGUUAAAUUCCCUGGGGAGAUGGAGACGGUCGUAACAUCCCCACACCUCAGAAUAAGUGUCUGGAAAGAUGAAAAGCGUAAUGUCAACAAGGCCUUCUUAGCCCAAAAAGGCUGCCAAAAUUGCUUUUACCCAACGUUGAGAAAAAAUGACUCCGAGUACUUGGCCAGAGGUGGUCCCAUUUCUACUGCAUUUUAUGAGUUCAAGCAAGAGCUUUCGACACGUGAAGAUACGGGCCUCUCUACUGAUGUGGUGGGCUUCCAGAUGAGUGAGAUCAAAGAGAAUGGGAACAUCCAGGAGGUCAUCCCAGAUCUUGUGGAAGUCUUUCUCCUCAGGAAAAACUUGUCAGGGGCUACCUUUAACAUCACUAUGGGACCAGAUAAAGACCUCCCUGAAACAACCUCAGGAGUCUUCACUUUUCUGGUGUUUGGAACCGAUGAAGAGGUCCUUAUCCAGAUCAUCACAGAAGUAAAGGUCAUGUUCAAGGCUUUCAUCUAUGAGGGAAGCAAUGUCACCCAUAGCCUCCCGAUUGCUUCCUUCUUGGUUCCCCCUGACAUGCCAACAGUGGCAAAUGAGAGUAGGCUCUUUGACCCUACCUGCAAAGUCAAGUUCAAGGUCCCUCGCCUCAUUUGCCUCAGUCAAUCCCUGCUUGAGGCCAUAGUCCAAGACUACUUUGCCUCCAACUGGAGCAUCUCUGUGGUAUUACAGACUCCCCCUAUUGUCAUGGUGCCAAGUGAUCAACUGGUGAAUAUUUCCAUUUUCCUGGCAGAGUGUCUGAAAAUGGAAGGGAAUGAGAAAGAGUGGGACAAGGAGGACUGCAAGGUGGGGGACAAAAGCAGCUGGUGGAGAAUCCAUUGCAUCUGUGAGAUCAAGUCCAAGCCCAGGAAUGAAAGCAAGCCUGGAGACCCAUGGGAAAGCCUAUCCAGAAUCAAAUACCUGUCUGCCCGAAUGAUUGAGAUCCCUAACAGCAUUGACCUGCGAAUGGAAAUCCUCAAGACCAUUCCGAAAAACCCAGUGGCCGUCUUUACUGUGGUCCUCAUCAUUUUCACCUACCUAGUCCUGGCUUUCUGGGCCAUUCACAAAGAUGAAACAGACAGGAUUCGCCGGGAACAUGUGAUCCUCCUUCCCGACAAUGACCCUUACGAUCACAUCUGCUACCUGGUGACCUUCUACACGGGGAGCCGCCUGGGUGCUGGGACCAAGGCCGAUGUCUUUGUCCAGCUCCUGGGGACAGAUGCCUCUAGUGAUGUGCACUGCCUGAGUCACCCCAACUUUACCACUUUCUAUAGGGGCAGCACUGACUCUUUCCUACUGACAACUAGAAGUGACCUGGGGAACCUCCGGGCCAUCCGGGUGUGGCACAACAAUGAAGGCAGCGAUCCCAGCUGGUACCUGAGCAGAGUUAAGGUCGAGAACAUCUUCAACAGGAACAUCUGGCUCUUCUUGUGCAGGUCGUGGCUCUCCAUCAACAAAUCAUUGGAGCAGACCUUUCCAGUGGCUGACAAGGGGCAGCCCAUGAACAAGAAGGACUACUUCCAAAUCUUUGCCUCAGACAACCUGGGCACCAGCCACCUCUGGCUGUCUGUCUUUGCCAGUGUGGUCACGGGGCCAUUCAACCGGCUCCAGCGGCUGUCCUGCUGCCUGACUCUGCUCAUGAACACACUGUUGUGUAACAUCAUGUUCUUCAACGUGGAGAAGGAAGUGGAGGUCUCUCCCAUGGAACUGAAGUUCCUGCGAACAAUAAUGAGGGGGAUAGAGAGUGCGCUGAUCUGUGAACCCAUGCAGAUCCUCCUUGCUUCCCUUUUCACCUACUCCCACAGGAAGGUCAAGCCAGUGGCUGUUACCCAGGUAGCUCCCCACGUUCACCCCUUCAUGAAGUCUCCCUUCCAAAACUGGAAAGAGCGCCUAGAAAUGUGGUACAGCCUUGAGACAGCCCACAAGCAGGCUCCGGGUCGCAGCCUCCUCAGAAAAAAGCAGGCCCAGGGGAGCAACGUUACAAUUCCUGAGGCAGUAGCCAAUGCUAUCACAGAAACUGAGGAGAAGCCCCCCAACUCUGAAGCUUUCCUGGAGAAGAACAUGACUAACACAAAGCCUGUUGAUGUAGCAAUAAGCAGGGAGGAGCAGACUUCUGAAGAGUCCUUGAGUUCAUCAGCCUCCUUGGUAAGAAGAAGCGAUGCAGCAAAGGAGGACCAAGGAACAGAGCCUGCUUCAGAAGAGUCCCCACAAAAGAGUCCCAAGAAAGUGCUGCUUUUUGAAGCUAAGCCUCGGUUUUUCUUCCACUGGUGGUGCAUCUAUGUGGCUUGGCUCUUGGUCAUCGGCAGUUCUGGUGUGUCCUCCUUUUUCAUCAUCAUGUAUGGUUUAACAUAUGGAUAUGAGAAAUCAAUGGGCUGGCUUAUUAGUUCCAUGACUUCCCUGACUGAGUCGAUAUUUAUCAUCCAGGUAGCCAAGAUACUGCUUGUGUCCGGGAUCAGGUCAGGUAGGGCCACGUAUUGUAAGAACAUACCAUGGGCCUCGAGGUAUAAUUACCUUGAGAUCCGACUUCAGGAGCUUGAGUUAAAUGCUGAUGAUUCAAGAGAGCUGCACUAUGAAAUCAUCCGGAUACGAGGCACGAGGAUGUACCAACCGUUAGUCCAGGAUGAGAUCAGAAUAUUCCGAAGAAGGAAGAAAAUUAGGGACAGGGCCCUCAUAUUUUUGAAGAAUAUCAUCAGCCAUUUAAUCUUUCUCACUCUCUUGUUCUGCAUCAUCUCCCUAGCUAGGCCCUCCCACAGCUUCCACCAUAACCAAGCCAUGCAGAAUCAGUUCUCCUCGAAACUCACCACAAUCACCAAACUGGAUGACAUCUACAGGUGGCUCACUGGGGUCUGGUUGCCCUUGAUCCACAAUGAUGAGAACCCAACUUUUAUCUCUAACAGCUGGUCCAAGAUUCUUGGCUCUCCCAAGAUGAGACAAGUGAGGGCCAAGUCCAUCAAAAGAGAGUGUUUCCUCUCUGGCACCAUGGUUGAUAAGUUAAUGAAAAAAGGCAUCCACUGCCACAGCCAGUACAGUCAGGUCAUGGAGGAUCAGAAAAAUUAUGGCAGAUUGUGGAGCACCCGCAGUAAAUUUUCUGUGGAUCCAAGGCCAGUCAGCUUCACGUAUGAGCCAAAUCUCAGAAAAUGGAGUUAUUAUUCCUAUGGAUUGUCUCAUGCUUAUGGAUCAGGGGGGUACCCAUUUUAUUUCUUCCCCACGCAGAAGCAGUAUAAUUCGACGAUACGGCUGCAGGAACUACAAGAAAGCCGAUGGCUCGAUGAAAAGACAUGGGCUGUGAUCCUGGAGCUGACUACCUUUAAUUCUGACACAAGUUUAUUUUGUACCAUCUCAAUUGUCUUUGAAGCAUCCCCAUUUGGGGUCAUCAACCCAAGCCUUGCCAUCCACUCAUUCAGUCUCCCCCUCAUCUACAGGGAGAGCUAUUUUGAGCUGUAUCUGUAUGGAGGUGCCCUUAUGUUUAUUGUACUGUUUCUGAUCGAUGAAGCCACCAUCAUCUACUGGGAAAAGGAGAACUACGUCAAGAAUGUGUUCAAUUUCCUUAGCCUUGGCCUCAAGUUAAUGUUCCUCAUGCUUAUUUUGCUUUUAUUUGUCAAAUUCAGGUUGACCAAGGACAUCCUUGGUUUUUACCUUCAGAACCCAGAUGGUUUCACCCCAUUUCAUGUAAUUUCCCUUGUGGAUCAGGGACUGAGCAUCAUUCUAGGCUUCCUGGGCUUCCUGACCAUUCUGAAGACGCUGACAUAUUCGCGAUUCUUCUAUGACAUACGGCUGGCCCAGACAACCAUCCUGGCUGCCUUGCCGGGCAUCUUCCAUAUGGCCCUGCUUGUGGGCGUGUACAUCUUUAUGUACGUGACCUUUGGCCAUCUCGUGUUUGGCCAGCACGAAUGGCACUAUAGCAAUCUCAUCCAUUCCACCCAGACCAUUUUCUCCUACUGUGUUUCAGCCUUCAGGGACACUGCAUUUUUAAAUAAGGAGGUCCUUGGGGGUCUGUUCCUGGCCUCAUUCAUGCUGGUGAUGAUCUGCAUCUUAAUUAACUUGUUCCAGGCUGUGUUUCUGUCCACCUACAAGGAGAUGAAACAGCUUGUAUAUGAGGAGCCAGCAGCAGAAGGAGAGGCAAUAACCUUUCUCUUUCACAAGGUGAGGAAUCUCUGGCGCACUCUCACUUGCCGGAAACCUUUCCGGGAGCAGCCCACCUACUUCAGUGAUAUACUCUACGGCCAUCCAGGGAAUCAAAGCCACCAGCGCUUGGGGCUUAAAAGCAGAAACAUCAAUGGAAAGAGGGUGACAUAUGUGGCAGUAUGAGGGGGAGCCAUUCAGAGUCUGUGCCAGCCCCUUGCAUGAAUGAGCCAGUCCCUUAAGUGCUCUAACAGGUUGGCUGCCCGCUCCCAACACCAGUCCUUGGCCCUGGGUCCCCAGAUCCCUGAACUCAAGUGGGUAGUUUCUGUCAGGGUAAGAGGACAGCUAAGGAUGCUUACAAAUAUGUCACUUGGGAGACAUUAUCUUCCUUGAAACAAAUACCUUAGCCUGGUCCAGCCCCAGGCUGGACUGUGCAGAACUCCCAACAAUUGUCUGUCAAUCCUAGGGAAAGCCACCUUAGCUGGUUCUGUCACUGCCCAUCCCUCUGCAUAUUGCACAAAAGCUGUGGGCCUAGGAUUCUGCCAGCUCUUAUGUCUCUUCAUAUAGGGACAUUUUCCUGCCAAGGCACAAUCAGGAGGGGUCCCCAGAGGCACAGGGCUAGAGCAGGGGCUCCCCAAGGACUCUGGGACCACAGUGGGCUUCCACAAUAGGCUAGGACAAUUAGAUUUCCUCAGUGGGCAGAUGGAUCCAGGGCAAGAGAAAUGGCAAUGGAAGUUUUGAGGCAUUAUGGCCUACUUUUCUAGAAGGCUAAGGGUAUUAGGGGGCUCAAACCAUGUACAGAAUUACUUGGGCAAAUGCUCCACUUUGUUCCUGGCUAAAUUCUCUGUUACAUGUUUUCUAAUUCAAUAAAAAGUAUUUUGAUAGUUUGAUAGGUAUGGCACUGAAUAAGUAAAUUAAUUUAGGUAGGAUUGUCAUUUUUAUUUUAUUAGCUCAUCCUACCCAUUGAACAAUUAAUGUUUUUCUAAUUAUUUAGACCUAGUUUUAAUUGUGUGAAAAAUGUUUUGUAGUUUUGUUCAUAUAAUUCCUGUGUUUGUCUUGGCAAAUAAAUUCCUAAAUAUUUUAUACUGUCUAGCGUGAAUUUCAAUAAAAUUUUUCUUUCUAA